CGAAGACGGUGGGUCGGGGAGCCCGUGGAGAACGUCGACGAACCCAGGACCGGUGACAGGUGUGCUUCUUCCUCCUACUGCAGUGCUGCUGUUCCCUGAAAGAAACAUAUUGCCGGAUCACGAGCACCGUCCAUCCACGGAUCUUUUUUUGCUGUCAGGCUCAGCAUUCCCGAAAAGAGAAGAAUAGGGAAGUAAAGCUUAGGAAAGGAAAGCUAAGGAAAGCUUAAGAAAGCAAAGCAAAGCAAAGCUAGGCAAAGGGAAGAAAAGCCAUAGAGCACGAUGAAGUUCGGCAAGUAUCUAGCUGCAAGACAGCUCGAGUUGCCCGAGUACUCGGCGCACUUUAUCAACUACAAGCAGUUGAAGAAGUUGAUCAAUGCCCUAACGCAGGACGGCACGACAACGCUCCAGGACAAGAAGGGCUCUUUCUUCUUCCGGUUGGAGCGGGAGCUCGAGAAGGUGAACGAGUUCUACUUGGAGAAGGAGUCUGAGUUGCGGUUCCGGUUGGACUUGUUGAUCCAAAAGAAGAACAAGUCUGUCAAAGAGGGCUCCAUCUCGAAGCACUCCAUCACCUUCAUCUCCCUCUACGACGGGUUCAAGAAGUUCUCCAAGGACUUGGACCGUUUGGAGCAGUUUGUCGAGCUCAACGAAACCGGGUUCACCAAGGUUUUGAAGAAAUGGGACAAGCGGUCCAAGUCGAGCACCAAGGAGCUGUACCUCACCACCGCGGUGAACGUGCAGCCCAUUUUUCACCGAAACCAGAUCGUUGAUUUGAGCGAUUUGGUCGCCAACAACUUGAUGGAAUUGGAGGCCUUGAGCGAUGGCGACAAGAGCUACAUUCGCUACGAGUCCAACAUCGACGAGACCAACUCGGGAAACGCCGAGAACCAUUCUGCAGGCAAGAAAGACGCCGCCAGCGCCAGCCACACGGGCAACAGAGCUGCCCAAGAUGAGUUCUCAAACACCAGCAAGGAAAACGAUAACGAAGCCAACACCUCCGAUCAAUUGUACACAGACUUUUACGAAAUCACCUUACAAAAUGCAAACCUCCCAACCACAGAACAACUGAUCCGCUUAAAAGAGUGGUCGAACCAGAUCAUCUCCAAGUUGAAUACAGACACUAAGAAAUAUACCUUCUCCAAAGUUUUCAUGCUAUUGAUUAGCAACCUUCAGAUACCAAACGAGUCUAUCCUGCAGUUCUACCAGUUUUUCGAAGAGUUCAUCGAUUUGGACUUCAUCGAUGACCUCAACGGCAGAACGUGCUUGAUCGAGGCGUCCACUUGCAAAGAGGGGAGAAACGAAAUUGUCAAAAUAUGUCUCGACGCUAACAUAGACCCCUCCAUUAAAGACAUUACAGGCAGAACGUGCUUGCACUACUUAACCGAAAAUGGCCGAGAUGACUUACUUCUCUCUGUGUUAUCGUACAUCCAAGAAAAAAUACCCGAGAAGCAGUACAUAAUCGACCUCCAAGACAACGAGUCCAUAUCUCCACUCCUGUUGGCGGUCAUAAAUGACCACGUCUCCUCCGUGAAAAUCCUCCUUGAUUUCAGCGCAAAUGGCUUUCCCAAGCAAGACGACGCCAAACCGAUGUAUCUACCUUUGAACGUGGCUUGCAAAUUUGGAAACUUGAAAAUAGUAGAGCUCCUGUUGCAUCAGUACGGCAAUGCCGAGACGGCCAAGGAAGAAGGCUUGUUGGUAAACCCUUCUCAAUGCAACGCAGAAGGUUUGCUCCCUCUCCAUAUCGUCGCAUCUUCUGAAAAUCGCCAUUUGGUCCCACUUUUGCUAGAGUACGGUGCAGACAUAAAUCAACUCGACAAGCUAAACAAAUGGUCCGCAAUCUUCUAUUCCGUGUUCACAAAUGAUGAAUCCAUGACACAAACCUUGAUUGAUUACGGCGCCGACUUUAAUCUAAAAGAUGAAGAUGGACUCGAUCCUUUGUACUAUGCUACCUGGGAGGGAAAUAUAUCCGUAUUCAAUGUUCUAUUGGAUUCUAUGAGAAAGAAGAAAUUGUCAGAAAGCAUCAACCCAGGUAUUACCGAUGGUAAACCAAGCAAAAACGACAAUCAAAAGCUCCUGAUCAGCGAUUCAGUCUCUUUGAAGGCAUUAGACCCAGUCAUGGACCUGAAUAGUAUAGACCUUAUCCCUGAACUAUCGCUUCCUCCCCCAAUCAUACCGUUAAGGAAAUACGGUCAUAAUUUCUUGGAGAAGAGGAUAUUUUUAAAACUCUCCUUCUAUACGAACCGAUACUCAAUCAAUUUGAACCCAAACACUUUCUUAACUUCAAUACCUGGAAGAAUCACGAUCAGCAACAAUGAUUCAAUUCCAAGGAAUGUCAUGUUGCCAGUUUUAGAUAACGAGAAAAUAAUUACUUUCCAGUUGAACUCAAUUGACGACGAACUCUUUGAAAUCGACUUUGAGUUAUUUCCUACUUUUGGUACCAGACUACUAGCGAAGGCUACUUUAACUUCCUCCAUACUGCGAGCACAAUAUCCGGGUUUGGGCACCAAGAACGCCGGCGAUUUAGAGUUACCUUUACUUGACGUAAGAUUGAGAACAAUAGGUUCAUUGAGGUUUAGUUAUGAGCUCAUUUAUCCAUACUCCGGGAAACCUCUAGAAAUUUCAAUGUAUGAUACUUAUUGGAAGCUCUCGUCAUCAUCGGACGAUGAAAAGAAAAAGGAGGUGAAAUUGAUUUCCUUUGUCACCAGUUCUUCUUUAACUGGCGAGUACUAUGGUAUACACAUCUGUCUCUUACAUGGCGGCACUCCAAUUGUAUGUCCAAAAUUCCAAAUCGAUGUGGCACCCAAUGUGUCAUUGCCGGCAUCUUUGUUCACCUACAAGCAAUUGAGCUCCAUUGUUUACAAAGAUUCAGAAACCUUAGAGUCAAUGAAGAAUAUGUUGAGAAAUUCUACCAGAGAAGAGUUGAAAAGUAAUUUUCAUGAAAUCAUGUCCAAUGUCUAUUUGCCUUUGAGUGAAUUUUUAGAUUUGGUUGACAGCAAGAUCUCUUUGAACCUAGAGAUUUUCUAUCCUUCUACAUACGAACUAGAGAACUUUGACUUGAAAGAGUUUGCAUUUAUAUCAAACAGCAAAGAUGAUAAGGUUGUGGAUGAGUCUAACAAAUCGAUGCAGUCCAGUAACAACCUCAAUAAUUUCAUAGAUUCCAUUUUAACGGAUAUUUUUACCCACGUGAGGAAGCUGAGAAAUGAUCAUGCUUCCAACUCAAGUCGGCAAUUAGUUUUAUCGUCAAACAACCCAUACGUAUGCACAAUUCUGAACUGGAAACAGCCAAACUACCCUGUAUUCUACAACCUGAAUGGUAUAAAGUACGAUAAAAAGACCAAGGGAUUCAUGGAAUGCACUUCGAAUGGACUUCUCAAGGACACUACAAACGCGAGAAAAUUGGAAAAGACAGAUAAGUACAAGGUACAGAAAAAUAAGAUAUCGAUAGACAAUAUCGAUUCGAUUAACAAAGAUUCCACAGAAUAUAUCAAUUCGUUGGACUAUGAUGACAAAUUGAGCAGGUCCAUCAAACUUGCCAUCAACUACGCUUGUGCUAACAACCUCCUCGGAAUCACUGUUCCUGAAAGAAUUUUAAACUUAUCUCCUGAGGUGGUGGAAUCGAUAAGAUCCAAAGGCUUGAUUCUUGUUGCCUCCAAGGAUGAUACAAACGAUCAAUUGCUUAAGGGUUACAAUGACGGCGCAGUAGGCUCGGAUUCCGAGAGCGAUCAGAAGAGUGACGGUUUCGAUCAGGACAUUGUCAACUUGGAAAGAGAUGGGGACAUCAAAGCCAAUGGACUACGCUUUAAAGACAUACUAACCUUUACCGAUUUGAUUGAGAUGUGAGGCCCCAGAUAUGUCAACUAUGUAUGAACGUGUAAAUUAAUUCAAACCGAUUCCGUGUACGUAAUAUCCCUCUACCG